UAUAUUAAUAAAGAACACUUUUUUCUAGCCUUUAAAAACACAUUUUUAGAUGUUUUUAUAUAUAAUAACUAUAAAAAGGCUUUUAAGGCAUCUAAACUAGUUCUUAUUAACACGCAGGUAGUCCUUAAUUAUUUUAAUGUGCAGCUGUGUACUCUACUACUAGAACCUCUACUA